GGGGCCGCUCGGCGCUGCGGCUGCGGCUGCGCCCGCGGGGCACCGGAAGGCGCGAGCCCACGUGUCCCGGCGGAGCGGGGCGGCCCGGCCGGUGCGGGUCCCGCCGCCCGGUCCUGCCCCGCCGCCCCGCCAUGGGCUGGCUGCCGGCGCAGGGGCGCCUGGCGGCGGGGCUGCUGGUGAACCUGGCCGCCUCCAUCUGCAUCGUCUUCCUGAACAAGUGGCUGUACGUGCGGCUGGGCUUCCCCAACCUCAGCCUCACCCUGGUGCACUUCGCCAUCACCUGGCUCGGCCUCUACUUCUGCCAGGCGCUCGGCGCCUUCUCCCCCAAGAGCCUGCAGCCCUCCCAGGUGCUGCCCUUGGCCCUCAGCUUCUGCGGCUUCGUCGUCUUCACCAACCUCUCGCUGCAGAGCAACACCAUCGGCACCUACCAGCUGGCCAAGGCCAUGACCACGCCGGUCAUCGUGGUCAUCCAGAGCCUGGCUUAUGGCAAGACCUUCCCUCUCCGGAUCAAGCUGACCCUGGUCCCCAUCACGCUGGGUGUCUUCCUCAACUCCUACUACGACGUGAAGUUCAACCUCCUCGGGAUGGCUUUCGCCACCUUAGGCGUCCUGGUGACCUCCCUCUACCAAGUGUGGGUAGGAGCUAUGCAGCAUGAGUUGCAGGUAAACUCCAUGCAGUUGCUAUACUAUCAGGCACCAAUGUCCUCAGCUAUGUUGUUGUUCAUCAUACCCUUCUUUGAGCCAGUCUUUGGAGAAGGGGGAAUAUUUGGGCCCUGGACGCUUUCUGCUGUGAUAAUGGUACUGCUGUCUGGAGUAAUAGCCUUCAUGGUAAACUUGUCCAUUUACUGGAUCAUUGGAAAUACGUCACCUGUCACGUAUAACAUGUUUGGACAUUUCAAGUUCUGCAUCACCCUUCUAGGAGGGUGCCUCUUAUUUAAGGAUCCACUGUCUGUUAAUCAAGGCCUUGGGAUUGUGUGCACAUUGUUGGGCAUUUUAGCUUACACCCACUUCAAGCUUAACGAGCAGGAAAGCAAUAAGAGUAAAUUGGCUCAGCGUCCAUGAAGCAAGUGUUUCUGGAGAUUAAUAAUAUUGUGAAGGAAAACAAGUAUUUAAAUGUGCAUUGAUUCUAGAAUGUACAAAAUUGCCUUCAUUCGUUUAGAUGUAUGGUUUUUGUUUAACCACCAGGAUUGUUACUUUGUAACUAAACCAAACAAACAGAAAUAGCAAAAUGCUGGGGUUUUGCCAUCUCAGUCUCUCCUGUUCUUUUAAUUAAAUUUAAAUGGUAACUUAGAAAAAAAGCACACUUCAAAUUGCUACAGAAAUUGUACUGAAGUAAUUAUAUUUUUUGCAUACAAAUGAGAUCAUGAUGGCUCCAGUUAUAAAAUGGGGAGAGAGGAAGAAAAAGAAUCCUGCCUUUGUGAUAAUGCCAGUAUUGCUGCUGUGAAGAAAUUUGGAGGCACUUUUAUGCAGAUGUUCUGGUGUAUAGUGAUUCUUCCUCCUUUUUGUCUGGUGAAUGAUGAAGAGGAAACAUCCUUUGUUCAGUGGUUUUAAAAAGGGCUGCCAAACUCAUUCCUAUUUCUUGUUUGCUUUCUUGUGUAUGUUUGACUUCAACUUGAAUGAAGAAAUGAUUGAUUUUGACUGAAGGAAGUAAAUAAAACUAGGGGUGGAGAGAGACAAGACAUUGGAACACUUGAAGCUGCAGGCCACGCUAUAGAAAAGUAGAAAGUCAUGUCUAAAUGGUUCAUCUUAAGUUUUUUAUUUUGGUCUCACAGGACAUCAGUGAAGUCAUUCAUGUUUUAGAAAAUUAUAUUACUGCUUUAUCAUUUUCUAUGUGCCAAAACCAAGGCUUUACUUGAGAUCUUGUAAAUACUCAUGAGCCUAAUAAAAUCUCUGAUUUUGUGGUAAUAGCCAAAUAUUUUUCAGCUCCUGUGCACAGACAUCCAUGCUAAAAAUAUUCUUGGAGAAGCCCUCAAAAAGGUCUUCAUCUGUAACGGAUGAGAGGGUUGCCUGGUUCUCUCUCCUGCCUUCAGCCCCACCUCCCUCUCUCCCACUCCUUUCCCUGAGCAUUACCUUCAGCCUUGUCUGUUGUCACUAUUUCAGGGGGAGGCCCAGGGGCUGCCUGGGCAGUGCCAGGUAGGCAGCACUUCCUCAACAAGGCAGUUCCUGGAAACUUAUCAAAGUGACUGAAGAAUGUGAGGUGGGACCUGCUUGUGCUCUAAUUCAGGAACACUUUAAAAGUCAUUUUAUGGCAGUAUCAAGCACUGAUUUUGACAGCAUGGAAGGCAAAGUUGAGUACUGUUCUAUUUUAAAAAGAAGGAAAAAAGAACUGCUUUCAGUAAAUCUGGUGAGAACAUAUGUUUGCAGGGUUGCAAUUUAUUUGCAGUAUCUUAAUCCUUACAUGUUUGUUUUAUCUUCAUCUACCUCUAGCAGAUUUAAGGAGGGGAAUUACAUGAACAAAAACAGAUAUUUCAAGUUUUCCAACCACCAAAAGAAAUUAUGCUUAGUUCCUUUAAACUUUUUUACAAUAGAGUUAACAAGUCUUUGUGUAAGAAACAAUGCAGAUCUUCUCAAGCUUUAUUUAUUCUAUUACAUUUUUUGAUUUAAGAAAAAUAUAUUUUUCUGUGUAACCUAAGUUUACACUGUAAUACUCUAUAUCAUUUCAGAGUUAAAAAUACCUGAAUAAUUUUACAUCUUUACCAACUGUGUCUUAGACAUUGUACUGGUCCAAGGAUAAUUUUUUAAUAUGUUUUUAUAAAUCUAUUGUUAGUUUAAAGACACAGCCUGGACUACUGAAAGUUGUGUUCAGACAGGACAUAUCUGGAUGCAUAUCCUUCAGUAUGUACACUGAGAAAGCCAUUUGCAUUAAUUUGUGCUGUGCACAAGUUCUUCUAAAAUGUAGAUAGACUGCAAAGACUCUUACAGCUAGAAAAGAACAACUGAAUUAGAAGCCUGUAUGACAACAAUAUUUGGGAUGAGACUUACGUAGAUAUGAAGUGGUAGAAUGAACAAAACAACCAUGUCUGACAGUAUAAAAGAAUCCUUAAGGAUAGGAGGAGAUAUGCAAGAGAAAGUUAACAGUGUCAUCAAAACCAUACAUUAUAAAUACAAUCUGUUGCUGGAAUGUGUCAACUGUGGAGGUCACUUAAGUGAUGUGAUUUUUUUCAUAUGUUCAAGAACUCUCCUGUGAGAUUUACCCAUUGUAUCUAACAAAUAAAGUACCUUGAACUUUA